AUGCUAACCCUCUUCCUCAAGAUCCUCACCACAACCGCAGGGGUCCUGGCCGCUCCCGCCCCCGCCGCCGAGGCUGCCGCUGAGUCCCUUGAUGUCUCGAUCACUGCCGCUAGUGGCUACGUAAAACCAUGCGAAGAGCGGGCCGGCAAGUGCUAUUGCCUGCAUUGCUAUGGAUCAACUUGCUGA